AUGCGCGACGAACCACACACCCCCCCUUUCACCCAAGCCUCCAAGUGCCUCCAAGUGUGCCCUUCAGGUCCUCGACACGACAACCACACCGACCGACGAUAUCGGGACGAGUCCUCGCCCUCGCCCUCGCCCCUCUCCUGCGCGUUGCCCGUGGCCAGCCUCGCGCAACACCUGCUUGCUUUGCAUCAAUCCUCCAAGCCGGGUCCAUGGGCAGAGAAACCACGCAACGGACAAGGCCAUGGGAAACAAUCCUCAGAUCCAAGCGUCGUAGAUUCGGUCCAGGAGGUGGUGCUGCCGUUGCCGUUGCCGCCGCCGCCGCUCUCUCACAACAUUAACGGGAGCGCGUCCCCCGUCCCAACCGCCACAAUGGCCGGCGCUCCCGAUCUGCGCCGGCAGGUUGGGUCGCCGAGGCCCAAAGGACGUGCAGACAGAGACACUCCGUGCAAGAAUAUCCUGAUAUAUGGCAAAUGCCGUUAUGAAAAUGCAGGCUGCAGCUUCAACCAUGACGACCCGAGGAAUAGCCACCCAAGCAGCAGCUCCGACAACACCAAGAAGGCCCUCAAUGGGGAUUCCCCCUCCUUCACACCCUCGAGCCUGACCGCCCAGCCCGCGAAGAAGUCCUCGCUGCCCUCCCAGGCUGCCAGCGCUGCCGUGUUCACCCCAAGAGGCGUCGGCGCUGCCACGCCCUCCAAUAACCCCGAGCCCGAGCGUUUGUUCAACCCUGCUGCUAUCAAGGAGUUCACUCCACAGAAUAACUACGAUCUCGCGAGUGCCGCCGCCGCCGCCGUCACUCCAGACGCUGCUAUCGCGUCCUAUGAUCCCUUCUCGACCCCGAUCGCUUCCGCCGCCCAGUAUAACCCGUAUGCUAAUGACCACGCGGCGCUGGCCGGGUCCUCGGCGAACGCGUACUACCAGGGACAAACGGGAUAUGCCACUCCCCUGCAGCCACCGCCCUAUCAUCUGUAUGCCAAUAUCGGCCCAUAUCGAGAAGACUUGCUCCCAUACCAACGCCAGACGCGGGACUUCUUCAUGCCAGAUGAUCUUAGGGAGGAUCUGCAGAGGAAGUCGCACGCGGCUCUACAAGUUAUACCUAGUACAAUCCAGUUGGAAAACUUUCACUCCCUCGUGCCCCUGGACAAGCUCGAUACUCCGCAUAGGAAGAAUACAAGUAUUUUUGGAUGGACGAGCUGGUUGUUCAAGGCAUUCUCUGCGAAGACAGGCCGGAUCUACUGCCUUAGGAGGAUUCAGGACUACCGUCUCGGCGACCGAGAAGCCACCCAGGCCAUCGAGACCAUCAAGAAGUGGAAACAAAUCAACAACGCAAACGUCGUCUUCGUUCAUGAUGCAUUCACCACGUCCGCUUUUGGUGACAGGUCGCUCGUUUUUGCUCAGGACUACUUCCCGUUGGCACAGACACUCGCCGAGGUGCAUCUCACUGCACAGCCGCAGAAGGAUCAUCGGUUCCGUGGUCCGCCAACCCCUCCCAAGAUACCAGAGUCUGUCAUCUGGUCCUAUGUCGUCCAGAUAGCAAACGCGCUUCGAGCCAUACAUGCGAGGGAUCUGUCUGCCAGAUGCUUAGAUCCCAGCAAGAUCAUACUUACCGAAAAGAACAGGAUACGACUCACAGCGUGUGCGAUCCUCGAUGUGGUCCAAUACCAGGGCCACCGCUCGACCAAAGAGCACCAACAAGAUGAUUUCGUCCAGCUCGGGAAACUGAUCCUCUGCCUCGGCGCAGGGAAACUCCCCAGCCAACUCGUCGAUGUCAAUGCCGAGAUGGCCACGAUAGCGAGGAAAUACCCCUCCGGCCCCAAGGGCGAGUCGGCGCUUAGGGAUCUAGUCGGCUGGCUCCUGACGCCGGGGGAGAAGCUCGCCGACCAGCUCAUAACGGGCAUGCCGCACCACGUGAUCGAGAACCUGGAUAAGAACCUGCAGCACUCGGACACGCUGACGUCGGAGCUGCAGCGGGAGCUGGAGAACGGGCGGCUGGUGCGGUUGCUCAUGAAAAUGGGCAUGGUCAACGAGCGGCAGGAGUUCGACAACGACCCCGGGUGGAGCGAGAACGGCGAGCGCUACACGCUCAAGCUGUUCCGCGACUACGUCUUCCACCGCGUCGACGAGGCGGGGCGACCCGUCUUCGACAUGGGCCACAUGGUCUCGUGCCUCAACAAGCUCGACGCCGGCGCCGCCGAGCGUGUGCGCCUCACCAGCAGGAGCGGCGAGACCGACUUUAUUAUCACGUACUCCGAGCUCAAGAAACAGCUCAACGGCGCGUUCGCCGACCUGAUGAAGCAUAACAGGCGGGCUUAG